CAAAGGUCUACCAGGCGAGAAGGGUGCCCCUGGAGAUGCGGGGAUGUCUAUCAUCGGGCCUCGAGGCCCCCCUGGCCAGCCGGGCACUCGAGGCUUCCCUGGAUUUCCGGGUCCCAUUGGUCUUGAUGGCAAGCCGGGCCACCCCGGACCUAAAGGGGAGACGGGCCUGGUGGGUCCCCGAGGACAACCGGGACCUCAAGGACAAAAGGGAGAAAAGGGUCAAUGUGGCGAGUACCCACACCGGCUGUUGCCUCUCCUCAAUUCAGUGCGGCUGGCUCCACCCCCAGUCAUUAAAAGGCGGACCUUUCAGGGAGAACAAAGCCAGGCUGGCAUCCAAGGCCCUCCAGGGCCACCGGGCCCUCCAGGACCAAGUGGCCCCCUGGGACACCCAGGACUGCCAGGGCCUAUAGGGCCACCUGGCUUACCUGGGCCUCCUGGACCAAAGGGAGACCCAGGGAUCCAGGGCUACCAUGGCCGCAAGGGAGAGCGGGGCAUGCCGGGGAUGCCAGGCAAGCAUGGAGCCAAGGGGGCUCCUGGGACAGCUGUGGCUGGGAUGAAGAGCCUGUUUAAACUCUGCUUCCUCUCUCUGCAGGGUGAGAAGGGGGCUGCAGGCUCCCCUGGGCUCUCUGGCCUCCUGGGGCAGAAGGGAGAAAAAGGUGACUCUGGCAAUGCUAUUGGAGGAGGCAGAGGGGAGCCUGGCCCCCCAGGGCUCCCUGGGCCCCCUGGGCCAAAGGGAGAAGCUGGUAUUGAUGGCCAGGCUGGGCCCCCAGGACAGCAAGGAGACAAGGGACAGCCAGGAGCAGCUGGGGAGCAGGGACCAGCUGGCCCUAAGGGCUCCAAGGGUGAACCUGGCAAGGGAGAGAUGGUGGAUUACAAUGGAAACAUCAACGAGGCGCUUCAGGAGAUCAGGACACUGGCCUUGAUGGGGCCUCCUGGUCUUCCUGGACAAAUAGGCCCACCUGGACCUCCAGGGACUCCAGGCCAAAGGGGAGAGAUUGGACUGCCAGGCCCUCCAGGACACGAUGGGGACAAGGGCCCUCGAGGAAAACCAGGAGAUAUGGGGCCUGCUGGCCCCCAAGGGCCCCCAGGAAAGGAUGGGCCUCCAGGAAUGAAGGGAGAGGUCGGACCCCCAGGGAGUCCAGGGGAGAAAGGAGAAACAGGACCAGCAGGCCCCCCGGGUCUAGAUGGCCCAACUGGGGAGAAAGGAGAACCAGGUGACGAAGGGAGGCCCGGAGCGACAGGAUUGCCUGGGCCCAUCGGGCUCCCGGGAUUCACAGGAGAGAAAGGAGAAGUUGGGGAGAAAGGUGACCCAGGAGUAGAGGUUCCUGGGCCACCAGGGCCAGAGGGUCCUCCAGGACCUCCGGGCCUCCAAGGUGUUCCUGGACCAAAGGGGGAAGCAGGCCUAGAUGGCACCAAAGGAGAGAAGGGUUCCCAGGGAGAAAAAGGAGACCGAGGGCCUCUGGGAUUGCCUGGAGCUUCAGGUUUGGACGGCAGGCCUGGGCCACCGGGUACUCCAGGACCAAUCGGAGUUCCAGGCCCAGCCGGACCAAAGGGCGAGAGGGGCAGCAAAGGAGACCCAGGGAUGACAGGACCAACGGGAGCAGCUGGGCUGCCUGGUUUACAUGGACCACCCGGGGACAAAGGAAACCGGGGGGAAAGGGGGAAGAAAGGCUCUAGGGGACCUAAAGGGGAUAAGGGGGACCAAGGAGCUCCUGGACUGGACGCCCCCUGCCCACUGGUAUGUCUCCGUUUCUCGUUGGCAUUGUUCUGAGUGUUUUUCCCACAGGGUUGCAGGUUGGAAACAAACAAGGCAGAUGCUCUGAGGUUAGAGCAGAGCUCCACAGAUGCCACCAAGCUUGCCUGUGCCUUGGCAGUCCUGCCUGCUGAGGGUGGGCCUCAGCGCCCCAGCUGCAAGCCAUUCUGCUAAACCCCUCAGCCUUUGAGUCCCUGCCCUUUGAAGAUUCAGAACAAUGGACGGCUGGAAGGAGAGGGACCCUGCAGGGUUUGGGUAGAAGGUCUCCGGCUCUGUCCCCAGCAUGCUUUGCAAACCCACGUAGUGUUUAUGGCACACAGAUUUGCGACCUUUGAGGCCUGCAGCUCUGGCUGUCUUGAGUCCUCACUUGGUCAGGAUGCAAGACACCAGAGUCAGUCUCCUGAAGGCCAUUGAGAGGCAAGACUGGGCAGAACCAGAUCAGACAAGGGGCUUUUCAUGCACUGCC